AUGGCCACGGCUAGAGCUUUACAAGUUAGAUUGCCUCCCUUACCAAGUAUUAAAGAUAUAAUCAGAUUGUACAAACUACGCGCUCUUAGGGAACUAUCGCAGAACUUUUUAAUGGAACCACGAUUAAUCGAUAAAAUAGUACGCGCCGCUGGGAAUAUAGAAAAUAAUGUAGUUUGUGAAGUGGGACCGGGUCCAGGGGGCAUUACAAGGUCGAUAAUUCAACAGGCGCCACGGAAACUUAUUCUGAUAGAGAAAGAUCCUCGCUUCAUACCCACAUUAGAGCUUUUGGCAGACGCAUGCAGGGGAAAGGUAGAUGUAGAUAUCAUAACUGGCGAUAUUCUCAAAACUGAUGUUUCACACUUCUUCCCUAAAGAUGUUAAACGAGAAUGGACUGAUCCCCCACCUCCCAUCAAUUUAAUUGGCAACCUACCAUUUAGUGUGUCCACAAUAUUGAUGAUAAGAUGGCUCGAGAUGAUUUCUAAAAAAGAAGGUGCGUGGGCCUUUGGUCGCACAAGAAUGACAUUAACUUUUCAAAAAGAAGUAGCAGAAAGGAUGUCAGCCGGGAUAAUGGAUAAACAGAGAUGUAGACUAUCCGUCAUGUGUCAGAAUUGGUGCAACGUUAAGUAUAAGUUCAAUAUCCCAGGCCAUGCCUUUCUUCCUAAACCAGAAGUUGAUGUGGGUGUAGUAACACUAACCCCUUUAAAACAACCCAUAAUAAGUCUACCUUUUAAAAUGGUUGAAAAGGUUGCCCGACAGAUAUUUUCUAUGCGACAGAAGUAUUCCAUCCGAGGUUGCCAGACUUUAUUCCCUGAAGAAGUUAGAGAAGAAAUGGCACUCAGAAUGUAUAAGAUGGCAGAAAUAGACCCCGUCACAAGACCCUUCCAAAUUGCAAAUGGAGAAUUCAAUCGCUUAUGUGAAGCUUACAAUGAAAUAAUCAAGAAGUAUCCUGAACUUGAGAACUAUGAUUAUAGGGCUCCUAAGAAAAAAGUUGAUGUUAAUUUAGAAGAGGCAAAAGUUUAAUUUUAUUGUAUGAAUAGAUGUUUAGUAGAUAUUUAAUUAAAACUAUUUGUUUAUUGUAA